AUGGACAACAAUCUACUGGAGAGCCUUCUCGAUCUGGAGGAGGACUUUUACAAAGAAGGUUUCAACUUGGGAACUGCGGAUGGCGCUGAGGCUGGAUACACGGAGGGUAGUGUAUUCGCCGUGGAAAAAGGAUUCGAGAAGUUUAUUGAAUUGGGAAGACUUUAUGGCAAAGCGCUGGUCUGGGCUCAGAGGCUUGCCGACAUGAAACAACACAUAAACGAGACAUCCCCAAAUCUCGAAUCGACUGUCGAACUACAAGGAGAUGAGAGUUCUUUGAUGCCAUCCGUUUGCGGGGAAAUGGCGCAUUUCCCACACAGCUCUCGGCUUGCAAGAAAUCUCGAUACACUUCUCGAAUUGGUCGAUCCAGCAUCACUCCCCAUGCAGAACACAGAGGAGGCUGUGUCAGAUGUAGAUGAGCGUCUGAAGGGUGCCCUCACCAAAGCUAAGCUCGUCCAGCGAGCGUCUGGAGAGCGCGAGGAUGUUUCAGAUAUCUAUCCUGAUUCCAAAGGUGGUCAAGCUUCUGGUGACGGUACUGGAAGUAUUGAGGAUAUCAGCUCCCUCAACAUCAGACAUUGA